ACAGGCAAGAUGGCGGCCUCCGUGAUACGAGGAUCGGUAGUCCUUGGGAAAACUUUGAAAUGCCUACAGACACCAUGCCGUUUGCCUUUCUCUGCACCUAUAAGACGUCUAAGAUAUUUCGUUGCCCUUCCAGAAACACCAAAUGACACACCAGAUACAAACCCUUUACUGAGAAUUGAGGAUGACCCACAGUUUUCAAGGAUAACACCAAAACAAGUGGUCAGGGCAUGUGCAAAAUUAAGCCUUGAUUUUGAAAGAAAAGUAGACGCACAUUUCACUUCAUUUUUAGAAGAACCAAAAAAACCAAGAACAUUUGAAAGUGUAGUAGCACCAGUUGAUGCCCUCCAUGCGCCUCUGAGAACAGCAGCCAAUACCGUACAGAUUCUCUCUUGGCUCAAGAACACACAGCCCUACAUUGAUGCAAAGGCCAGGGUUGACCCCCAGAUGGAAAGGGCCCUUGAUGAUAUCUACACAGAUGAAGCUUAUGCAAUUUUGAAGGAUUUGUACACCACACAAAGAGAGGCUAUGACAGAAGAGGAGGUCUCUCUCCUAGAAAUGAUGCUGCGAUAUUGCCAGAAAGCAGGACUAGAGGUGAAUCCAAAAAGAAAAGAAGACUAUAAUUAUUCUCUGAAUAAACUUCAUGAAUUAUCUGAGGACUUUGGGAAACGAGCCACAGCAUGUAAGAGAUUGUUUGUUCACACGAUAUCUGACAGGGAAAUUAUCAGAAAACUUCCCAAGUUGCUGCUAUACUACAUAUCGCUGAACCCGAGAAAUCCAACAUCUGGUCCCUGGAAGGUCACCUUGAACGAUACAGUGUAUAACUUGUUUCUUAUGUACUGUCCGGAUGCUGAGGAGAGGCACAACGUUUGGUAUGCCUAUAAGAAUGUGUCCUCCACAGACUUUGUAACCCAGUACCUGGACACACACAGAAUUAUAGACGAAAUUGUCAGAUUUAGAAAACAUGUAGCAGAGGAUCUUGGAUAUGCUAAUUAUGCUCAGUACAUGAUGGAGCAUACCAUGGCAGGUUCAGUUGAUACAGUUCUGAAUAUGGUGGAAGAACUGCGAAAUGCAUACCUUCCACAAGCUGAAGAAGAAUUUGAUGCACUUCAACAGUUUGCUGAAGAAGAUGGAUUUGAGGAUGAAUUAAAAUUGUGUGAUAUCCCAUAUUACCGGCAAAAGCAGAAGGAAUCCAUGUUCACGGAAGAAGAUGUAUCCAAGUAUUUUAUGUACAAAAAUGUUGUUGAGAGUGCAAUGGAACUGGCCACCCAGCUGUUUGGUAUCAAAUUUGUGUAUUCUGAAAAACGCUAUACUUAUGCUGAAGAGAUAUCAGCUUUUGAUGCAUUCGAUGAAGAAGGUAAAUUAAUUGGUCAUUAUAUCCUUGAUCCAUUUCCUCGGCCGGAAAAAUUACCAGGCGUAUGGAUGGCACCAGGAAGAGCAAGGUGUGAUAAUCCCGUGUUAACACCAUAUACUUACCAGUCAAUGGAAGUACAUCCCAAUGAUCCCUGCUUGUCCUGGCACCGAGUCAGCUCCUUCUACCUGGAGUUUGGAUUCUUUUUGCAACAAUGUUUGUCAAAGACGUCCUACAGUAUGCUGUCCAAUAAUGGUACAGAGUCGGACAUUGAUACUGUGCUUGGUUACCUCCUCAUGCAGUUCACACUGGAUCCUGAGUAUUUACAGAAGAUCAGCAGCCAUGCUAAAACUGGAGAACAACUCCCAAUGCCAGUCAUCAAAAACAUAUUACAAGCAAAUAAGCACAUGGCAGGUUGGGACAUAUGCCAUAAGCUGUUUAAGAUUGCAUAUGACAUGGAACUCAAUUUAUCCCAUGACAACUGGUACACGACAUUGGAGAAAAUCUGGCCUCUAUACAUGCCCAUUCCACUGGAUGUAGAGGACAACCAUCCCUGUGCUGAUGUGAAUCAGUUUGAAAAAGGCCUUGCGACUAGCUCCUACCAUCUCGUCUGGUCAGAGAUGGUGGCAUUAGACAUGUUAGAAGUUUUCAAAGAUGCUGGAAGUUUAACCUGACAAAAAAGUACUUCAAGAAGUGGGACCCAGAUUACGUGACUCCUUUUUCCAUCCACUUGCUGCUGUGAAGGCUAAGGAAUUAUUCAGACGAUUCCGAGGCCGGGAUCCUUCUGUGGAACCGCUCAAAUCCUAUCACAAGAUGAUUAACUGACACUGUGAUACGUGAAUUGUGUCUGCAGUGCUGAUACACCAUGAAGAGAGGAGUUGACCAUUAAUCAACAGACUGGUCAUUGGUGAAAGGACUUAUUGAUCAGUGGUUAAUUAGGAGACUGGUCGGUUGAUUUGAGGUCUGAUCAUCUCAACAGUGAUUAUUACA